AUAUUAUAUACUUUAAUGAAACAAGGUCAAAUACUGGGCGCCUACAAAUUGGCACGAUACGCUUUAGAACAACUCAGUUAUUUGAAAAUUCCACGUCGUUUUGAAAAGUUUAUCGAAACAGAUGCUCUAACGAUCCGAUCGAAACCUUUUACCGAUGCAGAAGAAUUGCUUCCAAUGUGUUAUAGAUGUGGCAUCUCUAAUCCUCUUAUUGGCACUAAUGAAUGCGUACAUUGCAGAACUCCAUUUAUUCUAUCAUUUCUAUCAUUUGAGGUUCUACCUCUUGUAGAAUUUGUUGUCAGCGAUGAUAUAAAUUUAGAAGAAGCUCGACAGCUAAUCAGUGCUGAACCCCCUCUUGAUCAGAUUAAACAUCCCUUACAGGAGCAGAUGAACCUGAAGACUGGCAAAGUUGUGGCAGAUCGUGAAACGCUGCUUAAAUUGGAAAAGCAACAGGUUAUAAUUGCUGAAUGGCCGCCACCUUUCGUCACUCGUUUUUACUACAAUGUUAUACCAGAAAUUUCAAUAACUCAGUGCAGUUCUUGCUACCGUAUGUUUCAUGCGGACGAUUUCGAAAUGGCAUGCCUCAAAACUGGUGCAUGCCCUUUUUGCCAUGUUGCUUCACAAAAGAAAACAGAUCAUAACUUUAUUGACGACACUGACAUAGAAUGA